AUGCAGUCCUAUGACAUUCGUGUCACUGAUUCAGAAGGAAAGGUGUCGCUACAACACCAAGAGAACCUGACGUUAUCCGAAGGUGGGCGUGAUGAUAUUCAGCUUCAACGUCUUGGAAAGAAACCUGUUCUCAAGGCGAGUAACUUCUGUCAUGAUCACCAGAAUUUCACUUGCUCACUUUUAUUCAGCGUAACUGGGGUGUCCUCUCUGUUCUUGGCCUUGCCUGUACGAUCCUCGGGACCUGGGAAGGGUUACUUGCGUAAUAAUCACCGGAAAAGUACUAUUCUGCGUCUUCUGCACCCGCUUUCUUCCUCCCCUUCUACGUAUAAUCUCGUUAACGCAAAUAGUGGUGGCUCGGCUGGAGCUAUUUACGGCUUCAUAUUCGUAUGGAUUGGCACGGCCUGUUAUUUUGUGGUCCUGGCGGAGCUUGCUUCAAUGGCCCCAACAUCCGGUGGGCAAUACCAUUGGUGCGCAAUGCUUGGCCCUAAGGAAUAUAGGAAUCUCCUCAGUUAUAUCACAGGUUGGCUCUCUGUUGUUGGCUGGCAAGCUGCCUUCGCCUCGGGUGCUUUCCUUUUCGGAACCCAGGUCCAAGGAGCAGUAGGCCUGGCAUACAACAGCUACCAUGCUAAAGCAUACCAAGGCACUCUCAUCAUGUGGGCUUUUCUAUGUAUUGUAUUCGCUACGAACAUGGUAGGCGGCAGGUUCCUCCCGCGACUUGAGAGCGGACUGUUAUAUUUCCACAUCGUCGGCUUCUUUGGCAUCAUGAUACCUUUGGUUAUCAAGGCCCAGCACAAAUCAGAGGACCAGGUUUUUGAAGAGUUUCUGAAUGGAGGAAGCUUUCCUAAUAAGGGUCUUUCUUGGUUCGUGGGACUCAGUGGUGCGGCUUUCGCAUUCGGUGGUGGCGAUGCCGCUGUGCAUAUGGCCGAGGAAUGUGCAAAUGCAGCAGCGGCAAUUCCGAAAGCGAUGAUGCUGACGGUCGUGAUCAACGGUUGUCUGGGAUUCGGGAUGCUUUUGACCAUGUUGUUUUGUAGCGGCAAUAUACAAGAUGCAUUAAGCUCGCGGAGUGGGUAUCCUUUUAUGGAGAUAUUUCUUCAAGGCACUGGUUCGAUGGGUGGCACGCUUGCAAUGGUCUCUGUGCUGCUUUUUGCCGCAGGUUGCUCGAUCUUCGGUAUGUUGGCGGCGACAUCUCGACAAUUCUGGUCUUUUUCUCGAGAUAAAGGGGUUCCCGGAUGGGCUUGGUGGUCCAAGGUCAACUCUCGACAUCUACCAGUCUCCUCCAUCGUAUUGACCGUCAUUAUCGCCGCACUCCUAGGGCUGAUCAACCUAGGGUCCAAGCUUGCGCUGGAGGAUAUUCUAUCAAUGGCAGUGGCUGGUCUGUAUUCUUCAUAUUUGAUAGUCAGUGUACUGCUCCUAUAUCGACGGUGCAAAGGAGAUAUUUCUCGGUUUGGCGAUGCAACGAGCAUGCAGACGAACCUGCCCGGAGCGAGGCUAACUUGGGGUCCCUUCCAUGUGCCUGGAAUCUUGGGUAUACUUGUCAACGGCUUUACAGUGAUCUACAUAGCCAUCAUAAUAUUCUUCAGCUUCUGGCCAUCGGAAAUGCAUACCACAGAAAAAACGAUGAGCUACAGCGUUGUGGGAAUUUGUGGCGUUGUGGCUCUCGCAAUUGCAUACUAUUCCGUGCGUGCACGACACGUCUAUCAAGGGCCAAUAAUGGAAGUGAGGGAACAGGAAUGA